UUAAUUUCCUCUAUCAAAACAAUGGCUUCCUACAGAGAUCCAGGCUAUGUAAUUAAUAGCAGGUCGGCAUAUGAUCCAAUAAGAUAUCCAUAAUCAAUGAACAUAGAUAUUAAUGCUUAGAAGCCUUUGGGUCCAGAAUCAGGGCCAGGAUUGCCAAUUUAAUUUGGAUCUGCCUCUGCAAGAACUUAUGCAUAAGAAGUACUCCUCAAAUCUAUACUUAAAGUUCUUAGUAUCCCCUGAGGUUUAAGCAUUAAAUAAAUAACAGCAAUUUCAGCAGCCGACUCAAGGGGCUGCCAUUAUAUAAAAUAUUGUUCAACCUUAGACUAUAUACUAAGAAGUUCAGCAUUAUGAUAAGCCAGUUAAGGUUGUACCUAGAACUGAUAUUGAGGAACCAUGGAGAAGUAUAAAUUGAUAUUGAGUUCAGAUAAAUGCACAUUCUUAGAAAAAUAAAUUUACGAUUUGCAAUAAGAAAACUUCAGAUUGAAAGCUUAGAAUAUUGCAUCUGAAAAGAUUAGUUAUUUUGAGGAUACAGGGAGGGUUAAUCAAUUGAUGCAAGAAGUGGAUAGACUCAAUAAAACCAUUUUAGAUUUGAAUUCUGAAAUUGAUCAAUGGAGACUCCGAUAUUCAAGUUUAGAAGACUAAUUGAAAAUGAGAUCUGUUGUUGAAAUGGAAUUAGAAAGAAUGAAGAGAGCUGUUCAAGAUAAUGAGAAUAUUGUGCAAAUAGAAAUGAACAGACUCAGAGAAUAAUUAGAUUAAUGGUAGAGAAAAUGUUAAUCUCUUGAGUCUUAAAGAUUUGAAGCCUAAGACUUUCUAUCCAAAUCAAGAACAAAAGAUUAAAAUAUCUGUAAUAUUAUGAUUAAUUUUAUAGUCAAUCUAUAAUCAGACUUAAAGAAAGCAGAACUUAGUUUGAAGUUAAAAUAAGAUGAUUUAGAUACUGUUUAAUAAAAAUUAAAUAGAUUGGAGAAAAUAGUUCGAGAAACUGAAUAUUAAAACUAAGAAAUUACCAAGUAAUUAUUCAAUUUCAAUUUUGAUAAGUCUUAAGAAAAUCAUUGAUGAUCGAAACAAAGAAUUAGAUAUCUUAAGAAGAUAAAGUCAAUCAUAGUAUGCUAAUUAAAACCUGAAGGAUUUAGAAAGCAAAGUUUCGUUGUUUUAAAAUGAAUGCAAUAGAUUAAAUUAAUUGUUAAAUCACAAGGAAUAGGAACUAUAAUUAUACAGAGAUUAAUUAAAGAGAUAAUCUCAUUAUAGUAAUAAAUAAUGA